AUGCGCGCCAUACCGAAAUGGGUUGAGAAAAUUCACGAUUCCAACGAUAAGACUGACGUCGCCAGCAUCCACUCGAUUUGUUUCCACCCGGAAGGCCUUCAACUGGUAGCAGGCGCCGGUGACAAGGUUCUCGUGUACGACCCAAUCGAAGGUAACCUGAUCAAUUCGCUCAAGGGUCACAAGGACACAGUUUACUGUGUGGCGUACGCAAAAGACGGCAAAAAGUUCGCCUCCGGAAGUGCGGACAAAACAGUGAUUAUAUGGACACAGAAACUCGAGGGGCUGUUGAAAUAUUCGCACAACGAUUCGAUCCAAUGUUUGGCGUUUAAUCCAAUAUCGCACCAGCUGGCGUCGUGUGCGAUAUCGGAUUUUUCAUUCUGGUCGUCCGAGCAGAAAGCCGUUCAAAAAUACAAAUCAUCUUCGCGCAUCAACGCGUGCGCCUGGACGAACGAUGGCCAGUACAUUGCACUCGGGCUGUCGAAUGGAACGAUCUCGAUACGCAACAAAGCCGGCGAGGAGAAGAUCAAGAUCGAGCGUCCCGGUGGUACGAACAGUCCCGUGUUUGGAUUGGCCUGGAAUCCACCGGCAACAUCCGGCUCCUCUGACAUUCUAUGUGCCGUUGACUGGGGCCAAACGUUAUCGUUUUACUCGCUCGGUGGUCAGGUGAUCGGGAAGGAGCGUAACUUUGGUUUCGAUCCGCUGUGCUUGACGUUCUUCCCGAACGGGGAAUUCAUGAUCGUGACGGGAUGUAAUAAAGCGCUGCAGCUGUUCACACGUGACGGCAUACGGCUGGGAUUGCUCGGGGAAGAGCACGAAUCAUGGAUUUGGUCCGCGGCCGUACAUCCUUCCGGGAACUACGUGGUCGUAGGAUGUCAGGAUGGAACGCUGGGAUGUUACAGCCUAGCGUUCAACACCGUUCAUGCGCUGUACCGCGAGCGAUAUGCAUUCCGCGAAAACAUGUGCGACGUCAUCAUCCAGCAUCUCGUGUCCGGCCAGAAGGUUCGCAUCAAGUGCCGCGAUCUGGUGCACAAGAUCGCCAUCUAUCGGAACCGGUUGGCCGUGCAGCUGCCGGAAAGGGUUGUGCUGUACGAGCUCAGCUCGGCCGAAAACCAACCAAUGCACUACAAGGUUAAGGAGAAGAUUGCCAAAAAGUUCGACUGCAGCCUUCUCGUCGUCUGCGCGCAGCAUCUCGUGCUGUGUCAAGAGAAGAAACUCCAGAGUCUCGAUUUCAAUGGCGCUCUGCAGCGCGAAUGGAUGAUGGAUAGCUUCAUUCGGUACAUCAAAGUGACGGGUGGACCGCCCGGUCGGGAGGGUUUACUACUGGGACUGAAGAGUGGGCAGGUGUGGCGUAUUUUUCUGGACAAUUCGCUUCCCAUUCAUGUUACCACUGUGCUGUCGUCGGUGCGAUGUCUCGAUUUGAAUGCAUCUCGCACGAAGCUAGCCGUUGUGGACGAUGGCGGACGAUUGGUCGUGCGGGAUCUCAUCAGUGAUACGAUGCUGUAUCAGGACUCGAACGUAAACUCGGUUGCAUGGAACACACACCUCGAGUCGAUGAUCUGCUACUCGCAUACGACGGGAGGGCUGAGUGUACGGGUUGGUUCUUUGCCUCCACGCAGCCCUCAGACGAUGCUUGGAGUGGUCGUGGGAUUAUGCGGUGCGACUGCGUUCUGUCUACGAGGGAACGCGAUGAGCAAUGUUCCACUGGCACUGGGAGCGACCAUGUGGCAGUUUGUGGAAUCAGGAUUGUUCGAGGACGCCUAUCAGGUGGCAUGUUUAGGAGUUCCUCUGAGCGAUUGGGAGGGUCUUGCACAAGCUGCCCUAGACGCGCUGAACUAUCAGGUCGCCCGGGAUGCUUACGUGAAGGUGCGCAAUUUACCGUGGCUCGAGCUGAUCGACGAUCUGAAGGAACGCCAGAAGCGUGGCGAAACAUCCAAAGAGAUUCUACGCGCGGAAACGUAUGCGUUUGCAGGGAAGUUCAAGGAAGCGGCUCGGUUGUACCAGAAAUCGGGAAACGACUCCAAAGCGCUGGCGAUGUACAGCGAUUUGCGAAUGUUCGAUUUAGCGCAAGAGUUCCUGAAGGAAGGAAAUGCCGCCGACCGAAAGGAGUUGAUCCGGCGGAGAGCGGAGUGGGCCUGCUCGGUGCAUGAACCACGGGCUGCUGCAGAACUUCUGCUCACGGCCGGUGAACCAGAACGUGCGAUCGAAAUCGUAGCAGAGCAAGGCUGGGCGGAUGUACUGCUCGAUAUCGGGCGACGGCUUGCGACGACUGAAAAAGUCCCACUCGAGCUUAUUGCCUCGCACCUGCGACGACUCAAAGCGCUUCCGCUAGCGGCGGAGAUUUAUCGUAAGCUGGGCGAGGAAGAACAGGUGGUGCAGUUGCAUGUAGAAGCGCGCGAUUGGCCGGAAGCGUUCCGGCUUGCUGAGCAUCUGCCCAAGGUUCUGCCCUCGAUUCACUUCCAGCACGCGCAAUGGCUCGCGGAAUCGGAUCAGUUCAUAUCGGCCCACGAGGCGUACAUUCUUGCCGGCAAGCCGCACGAAGCGACCAAACUGCUGCGUAACUUGGUGGAGUGUGCCGUUUCCGAAGAACGCUAUUUGGAUGCGGGAUAUUACAUGUGGUUACGGGCGAAGCAGGCAUUGAAGCUGCUUAGCAACGCUGAAUCUCCAGCGGAAGUUAAUGAAGCUGGUGUUGCGGAAUACCGAUCGUUGCAGAAGCUUUCGUCCAUUUACUACGCGUACCACACGAUCAAUUCCUAUCUGAAGGAGCCCUUCACGAGCAGCCCUCCGCUGACGCUGUUCAACACUAGUCGAUUUGUGGUGAACCAAAUCAAUGGGGCCUUGCCGCCGAAAGGUGUCAGCUUAUUUGCCGUUUACUACACCCUGUCUAAGCAGGCAAAGGUUCUCGGAGCGAACAAGCUACACCUGCAGAUCAACAACAAGCUGCAGUCGUUAAAGAUUCCGACCGGUAUUCAAGAACAGGUGGACAUCAGCUACAUCAGCAGUCGGGCGUGUCCGGGUGGGUUUAACGAUCCGGAAGAACUGCUCCCGAUGUGCUACAAGUGCUCGAACUACAGUCCACAUUUGCACGGUAAUCGUUGCCCAAACUGCCAGCAGGAGUACGUGUUUUCGUACGUUUCUUUUGAGAUUCUACCAUUGGCAGAGUUCGCACCGGAGGCCGGUAUCAGCGAAGUGGAAGCAGAGAGGCUUCUUUUGGCACCUCCAAAAAGUACGACCUACGAUCACCAGGAUCAGUUUAUUCAGGAGGAUAUUGUCGACACCUUUCCGUCCACGUUGGAUCGCGAUGCGCUACGAGCCAUCGAUCCGAGAGAAGUAAUAAUGGUACGUGGUCCUGCGCCGCUAGCCACACGCUACUACCGGAAUCUACUACCUGAACUACAGAUCACGGUAUGCACGGAGUGCCACCAGGUGUUUCACUCGGAAGACUUUGAGUUGCAGUUUUUGCAAAAGGGCCACUGCCCGUUCUGUCGAUCGUCAGACGAAGGCCUUAUGAACUAG